AUGGUCAACCCGACUUCUGACUCAAGCCGCUCGCGCCGAGUUCCUGGCUAUAUCAUUGUGAAGCUGAGCAUAAAGCAUGCUCCGACAGCCCUCAUCUUUCAUGAUACGAUACUCGCAGCACUCCUGGCGGUGGCCCUUCAGCUUGCCGUACUGGGAACGGUCGCGGAGCAACGGCAACCACCAAACAUCGUCUUCAUUUUCGCCGACGACCUGGGCUGGGCCGACGUGAGCUUCCACGGCUCCGCCCAGAUACCGACGCCCAACAUGGACGCCCUGGCAGCCGAUGGCGUGGUGCUCAACAACUACUACACCCAGCCCGUGUGCACUGCGUCCAGAGCGGCACUCAUGACGGGGCUGUAUCCCAUACACACCGGGAUGCAGAGCUCGGUGAUACAAGUGGCCGAAGCCUGGGGCCUGCCGCUACAGUUCAAGCUGAUGCCGCAGCACUUCAAAGACAUCGGCUACGUCACUCACAUGGUCGGCAAGUGGCACCUGGGCUAUCUCCAAGACGAGUACACGCCCACGUACAGAGGCUUCGACACCUUCUACGGCUACUACAACGGCGAAGAGGACUUCUACAACCACACCAUCAGAGAGGGCACGCACUUUGGUUUGGACUUCUGGGAAGGCGUCAGCAGUGCAAACAACGAGAGCGGCCACUAUUCCACGACACUGUUCACCGACCAAGCUGUUAAGCUGAUCAAGAGCCACAACUCAUCCGAGCCCUUCUUUCUGUACCUGAGCCACCAGGCGCCGCACGGAGGCGUUGAAGUCCCGCUGGCGGCGCCCAAGGAGAACAUCGAUAAGUUCUCAUACAUCGGAGAGGAGAACCGCACCGUGUACGCUGGCAUGGUGGACGCGCUGGACGAGUCCGUGGGCGCAGUGGUCGAGGCCCUCCAGGAGGCGGGCAUGCUGGACAACUCGGUGCUGGUGUUCAGCAGUGACAACGGCGGCGCCCCGUGGGGGACGCACGCCAGCCGCGGCUGCAACUGGCCCCUGCGCGGCUCCAAGGUUAGCCUGUGGGAGGGCGCCUCCAGGGUCGCCGCCUUCCUGUGGUCGCCGCUGCUCGCUGCCCACGGUCGGGUGUCGCAGCAGCUCAUGCACGUCACCGACUGGCUGCCCACGCUCUACUCGGCCGCCGGUCAGAUCUCAUUCCUGGAGCAUUUGGACGGCAUCGACAUGUGGUGGCACCUGUCGGAAGACAUUCCGUCUCCACGCAGCGACAUUUUGUACAACAUCGACCCCGUGAGCAACACGGCUGCGCUGCGACACGGAGACCACAAGCUUGUGCUGGGAACGACUUUGGGUGGCAGGUACGACGAACGCACUCCGAUUCCCGGUAGUCCGAGGCCCGAUGAAGACCUGGACGAACUGACGUCGAGCUCCAAGGCCGCCCGUGCCCUGCGCCUGCUCCACAACAAUGCCAGUCGCACCGGAGCGUCGGCCCAGUGGCGCCAGAAGGCUGUAUUACAGUGUGACGAUACGAGCGAAUCUUCCAACUUCGUGAGCGGAGCACCGCCCUACCUGUUCGACUUGAGCAAGGACCCUUGCGAACUGCACAACCUUGCAGAUACCGAGGCUGAGCUGCUGGCGUCGAUGAAGCGAAAGCUGGAAGAGUACGAAGCAACGGCAAUGUCGCCCAGACUGAGACCAGUCGACCCGAACGCCUUCCCCGAACUGCACGGUGGCGUGUGGGCUCCCUGGGAGUAACGACGCCGUAGUAGAGCUCGCAUAUCCUAUACGUUCUCGUCUAGCGCGGUUCUGCCGCCUUCUAUGUCCCGAGGAGUACUGUCGCUUUGGCCGUGUUGCAUUCAGUUUAAACCCCGGUGCUUUUACCUCAGGACGCCGACGCGAUUUCUCCAGCUAAUUCAUUCAUUUCACGUCAAUAUCACCAACAUUUAAUCGUUUAACUCAUUUAUAUCGCUGUGGAAAAGUCAGAGUCAUGAUGGCUGUCAACCUUCACGUUUUCAUUACAAUCAGUCACUGAUCAAUCAACCAGUCAAUCGAUUCCGGAGGCAGAUACAGACUUAAGUCUUUCGUAGAGCAUGCUGUGUGACAGAGGACGUGACAUACGGCAUUAGCUUGAAAUCCAGGCGCUUCCUACCAAGCCUUAUGAUCUGAUUUUGAUGUGUUUCCUGCGUUAUGUUGCUACAGAUCGGUACCCACUGAUUAAAGCUGUGACAGUAACAGUUCCUUCGCGGCAUCAUAUAUCGGCAGCGGCUAAC